AUGGGAGAGAUGCAGAACCCCUUCCCACAGCAGGUUAUCGUGGGCAUCUUGGUGCCAGCCGACCACGUGAACUGUUUUCCCAACUCGUACCAGGCGGUCCCGGCCCCCGCUUUUUACGGCAAGCCGGAGCAGUGUGUAUUUGUGCAGCCACAGAUGCAGGGGCAGAUGCAAGGCAUGCAACAACUCCAGGUCCCCGUGGUUUUCCAGCCACAGCCACAGGUGCAGCCACCCGUGAUGCGGGUUUGCUGCGACAACAGUAGCCAGGGCAGUGGGCCUGUGACGCCCCGGAACAAGGUCCCGGCCACCCCAGAAAGCCACUCGGAUGUGGAGAGGGAGGAUAGGGAGGCGGAGGGAGAGGAGAGGCCGAAGCUUAGCACCAGCGCCGCCCGAAGGAUGAGGCGCAAGCGCGCCGCCGAGCGAGCCGCCCUCGCGGCCGUCGAGCAGACGCGAGUAGCCUUGCCGCUUGGUGACAGGGUGCCGGUGUCAGCUGGCCGUCUCCAGAAGGUCACCAAGGCCACCUACGACUCCAUCUUGGAUCGCUGCGACAGCCUCAGGUCCAAACUGGCCAGCGGAAUCGCUGACGAAGUUCAGGAAGCACUGGCCACAAUCCAGGGUCAUGUGUGGCAGUUGGCGCAGCAUGCAACAGGAUGUCGGCUCGUCCAGCUCGGCCUCGAAGCUGACCAGCAGACUGCAGCGCUGCUGGCAAGGGAGCUGCAUGGACACGUGCAAGAGGCAGCCAUCUCACCUCAUGCGAACUACGUGAUCCAGAAA